AUGAAGCUCUGUGCACUGGCCGCUCUGCUCCUCUUCAUCAAUGAGGCGUCGUCGCACAACUGCUCGUACCACGCUGUCCUCGAGCAUCUUCAGCUGAGCCAGAGGUCGACGCUGUUCACUCGUAGUCGCCCCGUGAAGAACCACACCCACCCCACAGAGCUGCUGCUGGACGUCCUCGUCUACGCCAUCCUGGACGUGGUCAAGAUCGACCAGACGUUUGUCUCGUACAUCUGGUCCGUACAGACGUGGGAAAAUGACUACAUUCGCUGGGACGUAGAGGAGUUCUGUGGGAUCGAGAGUGUUGUGAUCCCCGUCCAAAUGCUGUGGAUGCCUGACAUCACCAUAGAGGAGAUGACAGAGAGGGACAAGUCCAGCCCGAGUCCGUACCUCCACAUCUACCACAACGGCACCGUGACCUACAAGAACGACCAGGUCGUCCUCAGCACCUGCAGGAUUCGCGUCUACAAGUUUCCCUUUGACACCCAAAUGUGCGACCUGUCCUUCAAAUCGGUGCUGAUGGGGGAAACAGAUAUUCGUCUGUCUUCUUAUAACUCGACGGAGGCGACGCAGUGGUCCCGGGACGUGAUGAGGACUCAGUACGAGUGGCACUUCGUCAACAUCACCGUCACUAAGUCCACGGUCAGCCCCUUCGACUACCCGCAGGACAUGAUCACCUACAGCAUCCUGGUGCAGCGGAGUUCCAUGUUGUACAUAGUGAACUUCAUCCUUCCGGUCCUGUUCUUCCUGUUCCUGGACUUUGCGUCUUUCCUCAUGCCGGACACAGGAGGAGAGAAGCUGGGGUUUAAGAUCACCGUCCUACUCGCUGUGACUGUGAUGCAGCUGCUGCUGAACGACAUUUUACCCUCUUCAUCCAGACGCAUCCCUCUGAUCGCGGUGUACUGUAUUGGCAUCUUCUCUCUCAUGCUGCUCAGCCUCCUGGAGACCAUCAUAGUCCUGCAUCUGAUCAACAAAGACCAGAUGCAGGACCAGGGCCAGAGCGACCCCUACAAGCCGCUCAGAGAGGCGAUCAGUCUGACUCGGGGUGUUGUUCCCAUGGACCUCAUUAAAGAACGGGGGCAGGUUUCGGAGCAGGUCCUGACCACUCUGCUGGCCCAGCUCCUGCAGAACCACAUCGAGGAAGAGGAGGCUGUGGGAUACUGGAUGAAGAAGUCCAAGACCAUUCACAAAGUGUUCUUCAGCUUCUACGCCACCGCCGCCGCGUCCUUUCUGGCGUUUAUAUUCUACAUGUGGAAAAGACUUGUCGUUUGUGAAACCUGCUCGUACCUUCAGAUCCUCGAGGGUCUGAACCUCACGUCCCAGAAUCCUCUGUUGACCCUGAGUCGUCCGGUCAAACUCCCGUCCGCUGUUCUCGAGGUCGAUGUGGAUUUCCAGCUGAAGGCGAUACUCGACGUGCACGAGAUCGAGCAGACGUUCCUGUCCGACACCUCCAUCGAGAUCGGCUGGAUGAACCAGCACAUUUCGUGGGACGAGGACGCGUCCUGUCGUCGAGUGAAGAGGAUCACUGUGCCCUCUGACCUCCUGUGGAAGCCCGACCUGCGCAUCCUCGAAAUGGUGGACAAAGAUAAAACUCCUCUCAGUCCGUUCCUGGUGGUGAAGAGUGAUGGGUACGUGAUGAUGAAGUACGACCAGGUCGUCCUCGGCGCCUGCAGGAUGCAAGUUUACAAGUUUCCCUUUGACACACAAAGGUGCAGCCUGUCAAUCAAGUCUUUUGUCCACUCAAUUGACGAGAUUCUGCUGGUUAAACAAAUGUCAGAUGAGGUGAUGAAACAGACGAUCUUCGACGAGAUGCAGACGCAGUACGAGUGGCUCUUCAUCGACAUCCAAGUCGACAACACAACAAGCAAGUCCCUGAGCCAGACGCAGAGCCAACUGGUGUACACCUUCAGUAUGAGGCGUCGUGCGAUCCUCUACGUGGUGAACUUCAUUCUCCCCCUGCUCUUCUUUCUGGCCCUGGACUUUGCGUCGUUCCUCAUGCCGAGCACAGGGGGCGACAAACUGAGCUUUAAAAUCACCAUUCUCCUGGCGGUCACUGUGCUACAGCUGCUCCUCAACGAGAUCCUCCCGUCCUCCUCCAACUUCCUCCCCCUCAUCGCCGUCUUCUGCAUGGGCGUGUUCUGGCUGAUGAAGGUCAGCCUCCUGGAGACCAUCUUCAUCAUGUACCUCCUGGAACGAGACAACACGGUCCAAAAAAGCCAAGAGAAGGAGGCACAGGAAAACCUCGACAACGUGCUGAAGAAGUGCAGUUGUUUUACAUUUCUUCCUCAGGACGUGUCUAAUGACUUCAUUCUCGAAGAAACAGAGGACAAAGAGGACGGCAAGCGGCGCUCCCCGGCGGACAGCGGCUCAAACGUGGACAAGCUGGUGGAGGAGCUGAGGCAGUUGCGCGCGGCCGUGUCCGAGGCCGUAGGGGGCGGUAGAGAGCCGCGGGCCGGAUACUGGAGCGCCCGCGUCCCCUCCAUGAACAGAGUGUUCAUGGUGGUUUACUCCGCAUGCACCGCCGUGUUCCUCCUCACCAUCUUCUACCACUGGCUCAACUGA